GCGUUUGAAGAAAAUAAACACGUGAUCAAACUGAGCUUUGGACCUAAUUGAUCAGAUGAUAAUGUAACUUUGAAACGAGCAUCAGUACUGUACAUUGUUGUCGGAUCACUAGUGCUUUGAAAACGUAAUCGGAGCUCCGGUACCGAUCGUCCCAUCAAUAAAUAUACCACAAUCACUGCUGGAUGUUUCGUUGUAACGUGAUUCAAGGCUUGCGUAUUUGGAAGAGCUACACAUUCUCAGCUGUGAGCGUUGCGUUGAAAAGGAAGCCGCAAGCAUCAAGACUGUUGUUCACCAUGGUGGACUCUCAGUAUUACCUCCCCAAUGACAUUGGGAUCUCCGCGCUGGACUGCACUGAAGCGUUUCGCCUGCUGUCCCCUAGAGAACAGCUCUAUGCGCACUACCUCUCCAGGUCUGCCUGGUACGGAGGACUGGCUGUGCUGCUGCAGACCUCGCCCGAGUCUGCCUCCAUCUUCGUUCUCUUACAGAGGCUCUUCCGCAAGCAGCCACCAGCACAGCUGGGGAAUGUGGCUACUGCAGCUGGACUCAGUCCUGAGGAGUACCAGGCCUUUCUUGUUUAUGCUGCUGGUCUCUAUGCCAACAUGGGCAACUACAAGUCAUUUGGAGACACCAAGUUCAUUCCCAACCUACCCAAGGAGAACCUGAAGGCCCUUGUGUGGCAGAGCCAGGCUUUCCAGGACAGCCCCAGUGAGAUGGAGGCCCUGUGGGACAGCUGCUCCACCCUCCUCUACUCCCUUGAGGACAAACAGAAACAGCUGGGCUUGGGGGACAAGGGAAUCACCACGUACUUCUCGGGGAACUGUUGUUUGGAGGACGCCGAGUUGGCUCAGAAAUUCUUGGACUCCAAGAACCUGAGUGCCUACAACACGCGAUUGUUCAAGAAGAAAUCCGAAGGGAAGAGCUGCUAUGAGGUGCGCCUUGCGUCUGCUGUGCAGGAGGACUGUGCAGUGGAUGGGGAGGGGGAGACCAGGUGCGGCAGAUAUGACUUUGAGGACUGUGUCUUCACGGUUUCCAGGGGAGACUAUGAUCACCUCAUGAAGAAAGUGAGCGAAAAUCUGGAGAAAGCCAAGGACCACGCGGCCAAUGAGAACCAGAAACGAAUGCUGGAGGAAUAUUCGCGGAGUUUCACCUUUGGGUCCGUGGAGGCGCACAAGGAAGGCUCUCGUUUCUGGAUCAAAGACAAGGGGCCCAUUGUGGAGAGUUAUAUUGGCUUUAUCGAGAGCUACAGGGAUCCCUUUGGUUCCAGGGGAGAGUUUGAAGGUUUUGUUGCCGUGGUGAACAAGGCGAUGAGCGAACGCUUUGCUAAGCUGGUGAGCUCAGCCGAAGUGCUUCUGCCAGAGCUGCCAUGGCCAAAAGAGUUUGAGAAGGACCGCUUCCUCCUGCCUGACUUCACCUCCCUGGACGUGCUGACGUUCGCUGGCAGCGGCAUUCCAGCGGGCAUUAACAUUCCCAACUAUGACGAUAUCAGACAGUCGGAGGGCUUUAAGAAUGUCUCCCUGGGUAAUGUUCUGGCUGUGGCAUAUGCUACCCAGAAGGACAAGCUCACCUUCCUGGAUGAAGAAGACAAGGAUGUGUACAUUAAGUGGAAGGGGCCCUCCUUUGAGGUGCAGGUUGGCCUCCAUGAGCUGCUGGGCCAUGGCAGUGGAAAACUCUUUGUCCAGGAUGAGAAGGGAACUUUCAACUUCAAGCAAGAUAAUGUUCGCAAUCCUGAGACUGGAGAAAAGAUCACCACCUGGUACAAAGGCAACGAAACAUGGGACAGCAAAUUCUCCACCAUUUCUUGCUCCUAUGAAGAGUGCAGGGCCGAGUGUGUGGGGCUCUACCUCUGUCUCAACAAACACGUGCUCAGUAUCUUUGGCCAUGAGGGCGAGGAUGCAGAGGAGGUGGUGUACGUCAACUGGCUCAACAUGGUGCGCGCUGGCCUGCUGGGACUCGAGUUCUACACCUCCGAGAGCAAGAGCUGGAGACAGGCCCACAUGCAAGCUCGCUUUGUGAUCCUGCGGGUGCUCCUGGAGGCUGGCGAGGGGCUGGUGACCCUGAAGGAGAGCACAGGAAAAGAUGGGCGCCCAGAUGCCCUUAUAACGCUGGACCGCAGCAAGAUCCACACUGUGGGCAAGGGUGCCAUCGAGAGGUUCCUAUGCAAACUACAGGUCCUCAAGUCCACAGCCGAUGUGGAGGGAGGCAGAGCUCUGUAUGAGGGCUACUCGGCCGUGUCCGACGGUGGUUCUCACAACUUCCUGUGCCUGCGGGAGACGGUUCUCCAGCGCAAAGAGGCUCGCAAGAUGUUUGUUCAGGCCAACACAAGGGUCAAAGGUGACAGUGUGGAGCUCGUGGAAUACGAGGGCAGCGCGGCUGGACUGAUCUGCUCUUUCACAGAACGGUUUGCCGACGACGCCGAGGAGGUGGAGGCCCACCUGCUGGAGCUGAACAAGAGGGAUGCCCCCUGCUGGUUCUGAGUGAACGGUGCAGAUACACAGCCAGAGCAGCGCUAAGACCCAGACAUGCUGCCGUCAUGCCCACGCCCGCUCCUGACUGAGACACGCCCGGCCUGUGUGGACUUGUCAUAGGAAUUGAUCUUACGGUGCACUGUCAAAAUGAAUUUAGAAAUCAGUCGUGAGUGGAAUGCGCAGGUGGUUAUGGCUGUGAUUUAUGAGCCUGGAGACAUUCUUCGCCCUCAGAGGCACAGUUUGUAACUACAUUAAGCCCUUAUCGUUAUGCAGUUCUUCAUUUCCCUCUGACGGUAUCAGGAAGGAUAGGAACGGUGUAAGCUAUGUCAUGCAAAUUUGACAGCUGAAGGAACUCAAAAGUUCUUAGUGGUAGGAGCUUGGAGUCAGUUUGAAACGAGGCCAGGGUGUAGAAAAGAAAAGUGACUCAAGGGGACCAUACACGGUUCGCCAUCAACUAAUCUGUCAAUCAAGUCUAAACCAGUAUAUUAACCUUUUUAUGUCGACACAUUUCAAUUGCUGUUUUGUCUUAGAGAAAAUUGACAAUUUUUAUUUUUAAAGAAGUCCCUCCCAAUAAUACUACUCAUUGGGUAAGUUGUUUGUCCCUUGUGUCCAGGGCACUUGAAGCACUACUGUGACAUGGUCAAAAGCAAUGCAUUUGUGAAAGGGUAGACAGUACUGCAUAUUCUCUUGGUGAGGUUGGUAAGAAACAGCCUGUACAAAAAUAAAAUAUCAUUUUUUGUUCUUUUAA